AUGGCUGGAGCCCGUGACACGUUGUAUAUUAUUCCUGACACCGAUCAACCUGCCUUCGGGGAAGUGAACCAGCUCGGGGGGGUGUUUGUCAACGGGAGACCCCUGCCCAAUGCCAUCAGGCUGCGGAUUGUGGAACUGGCGCAACUGGGUAUCAGGCCGUGUGACAUCAGCCGGCAGCUCCGCGUUUCCCACGGCUGUGUCAGCAAAAUCCUGGCUCGCUACAACGAGACCGGCUCCAUCCUACCGGGGGCUAUCGGCGGCAGCAAACCUCGGGUCACCACUCCCACGGUGGUAAAACAUAUCCGGACCUACAAACAAAGGGAUCCGGGCAUCUUCGCCUGGGAGAUCCGGGAUCGCCUGCUGGCCGAUGGCGUGUGUGACAAGUACAACGUGCCGUCGGUUAGCUCCAUCAGCCGCAUCCUCCGGAACAAAAUCGGGAACCUGUCUCAGCAGAGUCACUACGAGUCUUACAAGCAGCACCAGCCGCCCCCACAGCCUGCUCUGUCCUACAACCACAUCUACCCCUACCCCAGCCCCAUCGCUGCUGCAGGAGCCAAGGUGUCCACACCUCCCGGAGUGCCGGCGAUCCCCAGCACCAUGGCCAUGCCCAGGACGUGGCCGUCCUCUCACUCGGUGACGGACAUCCUGGGGAUCCGGUCCAUCACAGACCAAGCAGUGAAUGACACUUCGCCUUACCCCAGCCCCAAGGUGGAGGAAUGGAGCAGCUUGGGCCGAAACAGCUUCCACCCGCCGACCCAGCAUGCCGUGAACGGGUUGGAGAAGAGCUCCCUCGAGCAGGAGGCCAAGUACAGCCAGGCACCCAAUGGCCUCCCAGCCGUCAGCAGUUUCGUGUCCGCACCGGCCAUGCCUCCCUACGCCACCCCGGCCCAAGUGUCACCUUACAUGCCGUACAGCGCCGCUCCAUCCAGCUACAUGGCGAGCCAUGGCUGGCAGCACGCUGGGGGCACCCCGCUGUCCCCCCACAGCUGCGACAUCCCCGCCUCGCUGGCCUUCAAGGGCAUGCAGACUGCCAGGGAGGGCAGCCACUCUGUCACAGCCUCUGCCCUCUGA